GGGGGAACGUACCUAUGGCCGGGCGGGCUUUAUCCCCGGCUUCCCCGUACAGUAUAUUGUGAAGAGGCCUUAGAGCAGAGGGCUCCUGCCGAACCUUAUCGAGACGGUCCGCGCUCCCGACUCGAGCAGCAAUAAGUCUCUCGAGUCAAGAAGAUUCUGUUCUUAUUCCCUUUCAACAUCUCCCAUCCCAUCCAUCUCCCUUGGUCGCGCGCCCAACAUCCUUAUCGCGCCUUCGGGCCCUCUCUUCUUCCAACGAUUCUUCCUCCGCUCUCUCGCUUCAAUCCCAUUCGCUUCGUCCCUUUUCUUUCGCCUGCACUCGACCCGUCCUAUAACACGCGGACGCGCAACCCAAGAUACCCACUUCGCCCGCCGGCCAUUUCGUCAUUGCCUCCACCCGGCGACGGCGACAGCAAACACCACGGAUCGGCGUGAGCUGUCUGUCUGUCACUGCUGGCAGGGUAGAGGAGCCCUGUCACUUGUCAAUCGCCUGAGGGCUUUCCGAAUCCUCCGCUCUACUUUCUCUCCACGUUUUCUUUUCCCUUUCUUCACUUGUCGUCGAGGGCAACAGGUCAAGCCGUCGCUCGCUUGGCUGACCUCACCGGUAUUGACGACUCGAAUCCCUUCCAUUAUCUCAAAACUUUUUGCCCGAAUGCACCUCGGUCGUCUACUGCGAUAAAGGCCUCCUAGCAUGGCAGGUUCGACGGAGCCCCAGCAUAAGCCGGGGCAUGAGCCUGAGCGCCAGCCCGCGCACCAACCCCAACGCGCUUCGGAAUAUGAAGAGCACGACGAUGCCGAGGAAAUGGCGGCCUUUCCCCCGUUGCAGGACGUAGAUGUCAGUGCGCCGGCUCAUGCGUCGCAACCUCUCCAGCAACACCAGCAUCAGUAUCAUCACCAGCAAUACCCCCAGCACUCUGACGAAUUCGACGAGAAGCGCAACCCCCCCUCGCUCGACACCUUCAACACCCUCGCCGCCGGCCCCGACUCGCACGUCAACGAGCCCUUCUCCCCCUCGGGCCAGCGCGCCGAGGACACGCGCCUCGGCGACGACCUCGAACUACUACGCGCCGAGCGCCUCAUCUCCAACCAGGAACAGGACGAGCUGGCCUCCAAGUCUAAGGGCCGGAGCCACCGUCCCGAGCCCGAGGAUGCCUUCAACCAGUCCGCCCCCAAGGAGGAGACGGUCAAGCACAAGAACGAGGACGCCGCCCUCUACAAGCUGUGGCUCUUCCUCAAAAAGUUCCCUCGCGGCGUCCGCUACCUGCUAUAUCUGUUCCCCGGCGCCAUCCUGCUGCUCAUCCCCGUCCUCCUCGGCGGCCUGCGCUUCAACCCUGACGAGAAGCUCGUCGGCGGACCCGGCGGCGUCGAGCUCCUGUGGUUCGGCAUCUGGCUCGAGAUUGUGUGGUGCACGCUGUGGAUCUCACGCCUCAUCACGAGCCUCCUGCCUCAUCUCCUCUAUAGCCUGGCGCGCAUCGCCGGCUCGACCAACGCCAAAAAGUGGAGGGACAUUGGCCAUCAGCUCGAGCUGCACAUGGCCCUCUUCCUCUGGUUCCUGGCCAUCCUCAUCUCCUUCAAGCCCACCAACAAUGGCCACACGGGCAGCGGCGAGGGCGGUGCCGGCUGGACCGACGUCGUCUACAAGGUCAUCAUCGCCCUCUUCGUGCUCGCGACGCUGAACUUUGCCGAAAAGGUUUGCAUCCAGUGGAUCGCCACCACCUUCCACCAGCGCACCUACAGCACCCGCAUCGAGAACAACAAGUCGGACGUCCGCCAGCUCGUCCACCUCUUCUCCUUCGCCAAGGCCAACCUCGAAACCACCGACGCCUUUUGGCAGGGCAACACGGGGCCCAACACCAGCGGCGCCCAGACGCCCCUGCAGACGUUCCACGACAACGCCCGCCAGGUCCUCGGCAAGGUCGGCUACGUCGCCAACAGGGUCGGCAACGACUUCAUCGGCCGCAAGGUCAACGUCAACCAGCCGAAAAGAGUCGUCUCGGAGCUGUUGCGCAGUACCGCCUCGGCCGCCACCCUCGCCCGUCUCAUCUACCGGAGCUUGAUCACCGAGGGGCGAGAUACGGUCUACCCCGACGACUUGAAGAAGGCCUUUGAGACGCAGGAGGAGAUUGACGCCGCCUUUGGCGUCUUCGACAAGGACCUCAACGGCGACAUUUCGAUAGAGGAGUUUGAAGCCGUCUGCAACGAGAUCCACCUGGAGAAAAAGGCCAUCGCCGCGUCCCUCAAGGACCUGGACUCGGUCAUCCAGAAGCUCGACAAGGUCUUCUUGUUCAUCAUCGUCAUCAUCGCCGUCAUCGUCUUCGUCUCGAUCCUGUCGGGUUCCGCCGCCGCGGGCCUCGCGUCCGCCAGCACCUCGGUCCUGGGCCUCGCCUGGGUGCUGCAGGCGACGGCGCAGGAGUUUCUCCAGUCCAUCAUCUUUGUCUUCAUCAAGCACCCCUUUGACGUGGGCGACCGCGUCACCGUCUACGGCUCCACCGGCGACAAGAUGACGGGCGACGACUACUACGUGACCGAAAUAUCCCUACUCUAUACCGAGUUCAAGAAGAUGCAGGGCCACAUCGUUCAGGCGCCCAACUCGCUGCUCAAUACCCUCUUCAUCCUGAACCAGCGCCGCUCCAACGGUCUGGCCGACGUCAUCCCGCUCGAGAUGCGCUUCGGCACGCCUGGCGAGAUGAUUGACGAGCUCAAGGCCCGCAUGCUCGACUUUUGCCAGCAGAACAAGCGCGACUACCAGCCCACCAUCAUCACCGAGAUGACGUCGCUGGACCAGGUGCGCUCAUGCCACAUGAACAUGAUCUUCAUGCACAAGAGCAACUUCCAGAACGAACUGCUCCGGCUUAACAGGCACAAUCGGUUCGUCACGGAGCUCAUGUACCAGAUGGCGUCGCUCGGCAUCCAGGCUCCUCUGCGCGUCGACCCCGGCGGCAGCCGCGACUACCCCCUGUACUGGGCCGGCGCGCCGCCACAGCCGGCUUCCUCGCAGCCGCCGCAUCACGACGACUACGGCCCGCCGCCGGCGCCGUCGGCGCACAUGGCCAUGUCUCGGCGGCGCGGCAGCAGCGUGCGCGGCGGGCAGCGCCUGCCGACGACCAACGAGGAGGCCAUCCUGGGCUUCCAGGAUGUCUUUGACAGCCGCAGGGACCACCUCGUGGCGCAGCGCAUGGCGUCCAUCAAGGAAAAGGACCGGGCUUUUGAGCGGGAGAAGGACGCCGCCGCCGCCGCCGAGGGUCGGGCGUCGACGUCGGCGCUCGCGCCCACCGUGUCUAAGAACUCGCGGGAGUCGCACACGCAGUCGACGCGCGCGCGCAUCUUUGGGCGGGCACGCAGCGGGACAAAGAGUCAGCAGGACGAUGCUAUUGUCUGAGUUGGGCGAGUUGCCUGCGGGACGAGUGGAUGCUGUGCACGUGGGAAUUGAAAUAGCGAGACAUGUUCCAGACAUGGGUUUGUUUCUUUGGAGCGAAUGCAUGUACCAAGUUAGAAUUAGAUUAUCACGAGCUCGAAUAUCACGACCACCAAG